AAAAUCAUAAUUGAGAUCGGUAUCGCUAUUGGAAGUUACAGAGCAUGUCCGCUGGAAUGUCAAUAAAUGAUUACUACAGGGGCAAGGGUGUCCUACUAACGGGUGGUUCUGGUUUUAUGGGCAAAGUGUUAGUUGAGAAACUCCUGUACAGUGUUCCCGACAUUGGCAACAUUUAUAUUCUCAUGCGUCCGAAGAGGGGAAAGUCUGUCUAUCAACGACUAGAGGAACUGCAACGAUUACCUCUCUUUGACCGCAUCAGGAAUGAACGUCCAUCGGCUUUCAAGAAGAUUAAGGUCCUACAAGGCGAUGUAUUGUUCGAGAACUUCGGUCUGUCUGAUAUGGAUGUAGAGAAAUUGUCUGAAGAAAUAUCUUUGGUAUUCCAUUUUGCCGCAACUCUCAGACUGGAGGCGCCACUAAAAGACAACGUCAACAUGAACACAUGCGGGACCCAAAGGACCCUUAAUGUCGCGAAAAGACUUAAAAAAUUAGAAGUGUUUGUUCAUCUUUCGACAGCUUUCUGCUACCCGGAUUACAAAAUUCUCGAGGAAAAGAUACAUCCGCCUACAGUGUUGCCAUCAGAUAUAAUGCGGCUUAUAGAAUGGUUGGACGACAAGCAGCUAGCCCUACUUACGCCGUCGUUGCUGGGAGCACAUCCUAACUGUUAUACCUAUUCCAAGAGAUUAGCUGAAUCCAUAGUUGCAAAUGCAUUUGAAACAAUGCCCGUAGUCAUUGCUCGCCCUAGUAUAGUUUGUCCUGCUUUAUCGGAGCCACUUCCCGGAUGGGUGGAUAAUCUAAAUGGCCCAGUAGGACUCAUGCUGGGUGCUGGGAAAGGCGCGAUCCGAAGUAUGCUCUGCGAUGGAUCCCUUUUCGCUCAAGUAAUCCCUGUGGAUACGGCGAUAAAUGCAAUCAUAGCGAUUGGUAUGAUUGAAGGACUACGGAAGGAGAAGUCAGAUGUAAUACCAAUCUAUAACAUUAAUACUGGACACCAAAAGCCAACCACCUGGGGCGAUGUUUUAAAGAUAGGAAAGGACUACGGCCGAAAGUUCCCUCUAGCGUGGCCUCUCUGGUACCCAAAUGGUGACAUAACGACAAACUAUGCGUUACACGAAUUCAAGAGGAUAUUUUACCACUUACUUCCUGCAUAUUGCAUAGACUUUUUGCUGUUGAUCACUGGACAAAAACGAUUUAUGCUCCGAGUCCAAGAAAGGAUAAGCCAAGGUCUACAAGUACUACAAUAUUUCACAAUGAGGCCAUGGACCUUCCCAUGCCCGAAUUUUGAUGCGAUUGAGUCGAAACUUCAUGGCAACGACAAAACAACCUUUAGUACCGACCUUAGCAAUGUUGAGAAAGAGAAAUACAUCCAGAAUUGUGUGGAAGGCGGUCGUUUGUAUUGUUUGAAGGAGGAUCCCACUAAAAUACAUUUGAAUAAAAUGUAUCAUAAUUUCCUCUACGUUUUGGAUUGGAUAGUGAAGAUUCUCUUUUCGUUACUGAUUUUCUCGUUUUUGGCAAAAUGGUUCGAGCCUGUCAAAGAUGUGUUGAGCUUGGGGGAACCUGUAGUAAAACUUUUACCAUUCUUGGGGCCUGCAGUAUUUGAUAAAUCAUCAUAGUAUAACCUGCUACCCUGUAAAACCAAUUUACGUUAAUAUAACUCAAUAAUCCGCGGGGUUUUUAUUAGACAGCAUGAUAUCGUUAUUGACGAUACCGGGUAAUCCUGCAGGUUGGUGGUCAGUUGACAAAUGAAACGUUCGUGUUGCUUGUUUGUUGGCGAUAGUUUUUAUCGUUCCCUUUUCCAGAAGUGUAUUUGACCAUUAUAAACUGAAUGUUGUUGAUGUUAAUUGAAGGUAUUUUUUUAUUAAUUCAGUACUUUAAUGUAGACCUACAACUGCGGGAGUUUACAUUUCUCCUUUAAUUCUUAAAUCCUUGCCUUAUAUUAUCUGACUGUUUAUAAAGCGCGAAGGCGGAAUCCCAUUCCAAAUGCCUUUAUUUUUGUCUAUAUAUAAAUUACACAGUAAUAGUAACAGUAAACUAUUUAAGAUAUUUUAUCACAACCAAAAGUAUAUAUGCGGGUUUUCGCUAUAUUUUAAAAACCAGUGUAAACGGUGCUAUUUUUUGUAUAGGUUUGUAGUAAACGCUUAGAAAUAAUCAGUAUACAUAAUUACAUUCUGUAAUAAACUCAAAAACCUCAUUUAGGUCAUACUGCUUUUCUAGAUUUUACAAGA